CGACCAACUUGGACCAAUCGUGUAAGACCACGAUCGCAAUGGCGGUGUGGCUGAUCAGUUUUGUGUUAUCUGGUGGUUGAAUAGAGGCUUGUAAAGCCAGCAGGUCUGUUUUCUUGUUUAUUGAAGUAUUCGUACCAUCGUCUCAAUUUUUUAUUCAGUCAUGUACCAUUGUGGUUUAUUAUUAGUUUUAUUGGAUUUGUCUUUAGACGUGGUUGGAAGUGUUUCUCAAUUAGAAAUUGAUAGACAUUUGGAAUUAGGUAGAGAAUUUUUAGCAAAAGGUCAGUUACAAGAUGCACUGUCACAUUACCAUGCUGCUGUUGAGGGUGAUCCGAACAAUUAUUUAACAUAUUACAAAAGAGGCACAGUAUAUUUAGCGUUAGGUAAAGCAAAGUUUGCGCUUCUUGAUCUUGACAAGGUUCUGGAACUAAAGCCAGAUUUUACGUCUGCAAGAUUACAACGAGGUAAUGUGUUACUUAAGCAAGCUCAAUUUGAUAAAGCUGAAGCAGAUUUUCGAAAUGUGUUGGCAGUAGAACCAAAUAACGAAGCUCUCAAUGCCUUAUAUAAAAUAUCACCUGCACAAGAAGAUCUAGAAAUUGUAGACAGAUUAAUAAGACAUGGUGAUUAUGCAGCAGCUGCACAACAACUUACCAAAAUUAUUGAAAUAUGUCCAUGGUCAGCUGAACUUAGGGAACGCAGAGCAGAAUGUUAUGAAGCUCUUGAAGAUUAUAUGAGUGCUAUUUCUGAUGUGCGUUCUACAACUAAGUUACAAUCUGAUAACACACAGGGAUUCUUUAAGUUAGCUGGUUUACAUUAUCGUCUUGGACAAGUAAACGAGUCAUUGAAAGAAAUUCGAGAGUGUUUAAAGCUUGAUCCAGAGCAUUCAAAGUGUUUUUCAUUUUACAAGAAAGUUAAGAAAAUAGCUCAGUUAUUAGCAAAUGCGGAAAAUUCUGAAGAAGCUAAAAAUUAUGAUAAGUGCAUAGUUUCUGCUCAAUCUGUACUUAAGCUUGAACCAAACAUAGGCAAUGUUCGUUUUCUUGCUCAGCAUCUUCUUUGCAAAUGUUACACUGGUGAUUUACAGCCGGGUGAGGCAAUUAAAAAUUGUAAAGAAGCACUAAAAAUUCGAAAAGAACCUGGAGUGUAUUGUGACAGCGCAGAAGCAUAUCUUGCUUCUGAGAUGUUUGAUGAUGCGAUAAGAGACUUUAAGGAAGCUUUAGAAAUUGAUCCUAGCUUGCAAAGAGCGAAACAAGGUCUUCAUAAAGCUCAACAAAGACAAAAACUGUCUGAAUCUCGAGAUUAUUAUAGAAUCCUAGGUGUGCCAAGAACAGCAUCAAAACGGGAUAUUAUUAAAGCAUACAGAAAGGCUGCACAGAAGUGGCAUCCUGAUAAUUUUCAGGAAGGAGAGGAAAAGAAGCGAGCGGAGAAAAGGUUUAUUGACAUUGCAGCUGCCAAAGAAGUAUUAACUGAUGAUGAAAAACGAGCGAAAUUUGACCAAGGAGAAGAUCCGUUAGACCCAGAGUCAGGGAAACAUCAGUAUGGUUCUAAUCCCUUCCAAGAAUUCCACCACUUCCAUGGUUCCCCCUUCCAAUUUAAGUUUCAUUUCAAUUAGCAGUUGUUACUACUUUUUAGUUUCUUAGUUCCAUUUUUAUUAUUUUUAUUCGCAUGGUACUAGCCCAAGUAAAGUGUCGAAAUUAUUCUGUCGUCGCUCAUUAUGCGACAUAACUUCCGCUACCUUAACAGGAACUUAAUUUUUCUAGUCUACCUCGUUGGUAGUCAUGUGGUCUUGUAUCUGUGUGGAAAUGGAAGACUGUACAAGGGAAAAUGUCAAUCACUCAGUAAGUUGACCAAUAACUAGGGAUAAUCUCAUUUAAUACUAAAUUGUCUGAAAUAUUGAUGAUAGUAAUGAUUUUGUUAUUUUUUUUUAUCUGAGACUAUAAUUAUCAUUACUAAUAAAAUUUAAUGUGUACGUAACAUUGAUAAAGCGUACACACAAUUUAAUGCAUAAUAUAUAAUAAUUUGUGAGAAAUGUGAAAAUUGUAAUUUCGAGUAUUUGGCUUACUCAAUUAUUAAGAAAGAAUGUUGUAGUUUAUACAGACUGAUCAAGUAAUUAGUUUGAAGUGGACAUUCUUUACCGAAUUAACCUCGUGCCAGCGACACGUGAACCAGAAGUGAAACUCAUGUUUUGAUAAAAAAUCUAGGAUAUACUGUGGUGACACUACUAUCUGAGUGUUAUGGCGGGCUGUGGGUCAUUCAGUUUGGCUUGAUUUUGUGUGACGAUCACAUCAAAUGAGUACUACGAAAAUCAUUUUCUAAGUAAUACAGUCAUCAAGUACAGACACACUUGUAUUGGUGUGAAUAGAAUAAGUAUACUGUACACUGACUGUAUUUGACAUUCAUAAAAAUACGUAGGACAGUGCUGUGAGCGUGUUGUGUUCGCAUGAGUGUAAGAGAAUUUUAUGUAAAUACUGUAAUCUCUGAUAUUUGUUUAAAUAUAUUUGAAUUAUUUAUACAAACACACUCGUAUCAUUUGUAUAUAAUAACUACGGGCAUUUUUAUACAAAAUACAGGAAAAUGCGUUGUAUAUAAUGAUAUCUUUAAAACUGCUUUUAUUUCAUGAAAUAUAUCACUGUGUGAGUUAUUUUCAGUUUUUCCGCCAACAGUAACAGAUUUUUUCGUAUAAUUAACCGCUUUUAAUUUUUACUUAUUCGCAUGGUUAAUUGAAACAAUUGAGUUAUAAUGAAAUAGAAAUUCACUAAAAAGAGUACUGAACAAUCAUAACUAAUUUAUAUUGAAAAAUAGUAGCAUAUAUAAGCUGUAUUUCAGAUGUAAAUGUAUCGUUCUCAUAGAUAUUUAGAAUUAAUAUCGUAUUUUACGGUGCUAAAAUUUGUUUUAUUUCCAAUUAUAAUUAUUCUAAGAAAACAUGGAAGUAUAAAAUAUUUUUCUUUUGCUCUCAUAGAUAAUUUAUAAUUUACAUUCUGUAAUAAAUAUUUUCAUGAAUUUAUUUUUUGUAAACUUAUUUGUAUAGUAGGAACAAUAACAUUGUAAAUUAAGAAUUAUUUACGUAGUAAUUCGCCUUCAUUUUGAACACCUUGUUGAUUGACGAUUUUGUCUAAAGAAGAUAUCUUUAAUCUUCAAUACACAUACCUUAUUUGUGUAUAAUAUGUUAAAGUGAUUUAAGUGUUUUAAAUUAUUAAAUACAAAUUAAAAUACUAUUAUAAAAAUCUGUAUUGCCUUCAGAUAUAAAUUAAUGUAAGUAUAAAUACAACUCAAUUUUUAAAAACAUGAAUACAGUAGUGACCAGUCAGCAAGGUGUUAAAAUAAAUUAAACGAUAUUUUUUACAUACUUUUUAUACUUCUUAUUGUCAUAUAUUAUCUAUUAAUUUUAGUGAAUGCUUAUUUUGUAUUAUAUUUCUGCCAUAUGUGACAAGUAUUUUGCGUAAAAUAUAAGACAAUUAUAUUCGAUUACUCUUUAAGAAAGGAUUUAUAUAACUUUUCAUACAUAGAAUAAAAUUAAAAAGUUUAUGGAAAUUGGAAAAGGAGUAAAUAUAAAUAUAAGUUAUGUACAUCACAAAAGUAUUGUCUAGAUUUAUUUUCAUUGAUUAUUACAACCAUUUAUGUAUAUCUUGAACACAUCCGCAUAAGCAUUGUAUUUCUAUUUAUGGAAGGUAAACGAAUGUAAAACAGAUUAUACUAAUUUAAUAAGGUAAAUAAUAAGUAAAACCUUUUCUGUGCAGGUAGCUUCAAUAUAAUAUUGUUUAAUACAUACACAAUAUCUCAAUGAUUCUUUUUUGGACAGUAUACCACUAUACUACAAGUCAUUUACGCUGUCUGUAUAACUAUAUUUUGUAUAAUAACGGAAAAUACUAACAUGAAAAAGUAAGCUCGAUGGAAGUAUAAUCACAGUUAUAAGGAUUAACCCUAUUAACUUAAACUUCUGUAUCCUAUUUAUUCUAAAUUGUACUUUAUUAUAAGGACAUAAUAGAAUAAGUUUUAUACGUCCAUUUUGCGAUAUUUCAUGUAUGGUAUGCAUACAUACGCUUUGAUAAUAGACUUUGUCAUUUAUAAUGUUUAAUA